CCACUAGCACUAAUGUGUAGCCGCCAGCAGCAGCUCCACUUGGCUAUGGUGUAACACAACACUAAUGGCUUCCCCAAUCCACCCUUCAACGCCAUCAAAGAGCCCUACUAGCAGUUGCUUUCAAGUUUUCCCUUUCCUCUGGAACUCUCCUCUUUCGUUUCAAGCUUCCUAAGCAUGUUUUAUUAAUCAAUUGGUGCGCUUGAUUGCUUGAUUCCUUUCUCAUCCAACCAAUACCUAACCUAAUUAAUUGUAUAUGGCGGUUGGUCGAUCAAUACUCAACCGCUAUUGAACUAGAGUUAUCAGACUUGUAGGUCAAAAUAGAAGAAGAGGACUGGCAAAUAUAGAUUAAGGAAUUGCUGAAUGAAAUGGGAGGUUGUUGUUCGUCUUCGAGAAAGCUACCGCUUCAUGGAACGCCAACAUAUUACUAUCAUUAUUCACCGUAUUCAGAGGAUCACGAGUCCUUAACAUCUCAUGAUGGCGUCACUACCAUACUCACUUCUGGGAUGUUAUUUGAUUUAAAUCUCGAUAUGUCUAUUCCUGACACAUAUCGCUCUCCUCCCGCACCUCUGCCAUAUGAUGCAGUUUUGGGGCACCAAAAAUCCACAGAAAUCGGCAGUCAUGUGGACCCAAAGGAAGCAAACUGCAAAACUACAUUCGGGUUGCCUCUUAGCUCCCCGAUGAAAGUAGACACCAAACUCUUACAGCAUAAAUCAGACACUUUAGUUACAGACGAGGAGGAUACUUGCCCGACUUGUCUUGAAGAGUAUGAUGUUGAAAAUCCCAAAAUCAUGACCAAGUGUAACCAUCACUUUCACCUUUCGUGCAUACUUGAGUGGAUGGAACUAAGUGACACCUGCCCCAUUUGCGACCAGGAAAUGGUAUAUGAAGUUCUUUGAGCAUAUUACUUCCUAGUUCAUGUUAUUUGCCUCUUUUCGAUUCUUCCCAACACAUCCAUGAAUGCGAUGCAAAGGAAGAUAUAGGGACUAGCAACCUCAUUCUCUUCUUUCAAAGAUUGAAGAUCAGCUGUCGGGUUAGUUAUCCCCGGCAAUAGAUUUCCUUUUCGUCGUAUACUUUGUAUAUAUGAUUGUAUUACAGGUAUGUGUACAUAAGACAAUAGAUGGUGUUUGGUUUGGAAUUCUGAAUCCUUUGGUAAUGACUACAGCCCUAAAAAAGGAGGGGUUUUGAGGGUUUCCAAUAAGUUGGAAACUCUUGUUGUUGCUGUUGAUCUUGGCAUGUACCAAACUAGCUUUUGUUCUUAGUGAUUAUUGAUUUGGUUGUA